AUGCUCCGCAAACUCAGGGUAUGCUUUAGCGAAUGUGAUGGCAGUCUGAAGUACCGAACCGGGAGUGAGGAGAGGGCCAAGGAGAGAACCGAAAGAAUACACUCAAGAAGAUGUGCCAUAGCCUUUGACGAUAACUCUGGGUCAAGUUGCCAAUCUUCGGUGGUAACCGAAAGUGGUGGAAGAAACGUAAGUGUGACGCCUUUUUUUGGCCGCCAUGCGGAUAGUGGUUGUACGGUUAAGAUGACCAUUGCGUGUGUGGUAUUCAUCAUAUGUUUGGAUAAUGGUGGAAGGUUUGGUGAUAGUAUGUUGUUCAACCUGAGGUGUAGCAUGUUGUGA